AAUGCCGGAACACACGAAAGUUUCUGCUGAAGACCAAGCGCUUCUCAAUAAAUUCGCUCGGUCAUACCAAACACAAACCCAGUUAAAAGCAGACGUUAAAGAAGCUAAAACACUCAUUGACAAUAUCAAUGAAGCAAGUGAUGAAAUUUUGUUGCUCGAUGAUGAGGAUUCAGCAUCAAUUCCAUGCAGAAUUGGAAGCUGCUUCGUUCAUUUCAAUGGGGAUAGUCUGAAUGAGCAUUUGGAAGGAAAGAAGACAACAGCAGAGAAGGUUUUGUCUGAGAAAACCUCCGAGUUGGAUGCAAUCUCAGCGGACAUGGAGCAAAUCAAGAAGGUUUUGUACGCCAAAUUCGGAGAUCAGAUCAAUUUGGACGCUGAAGAAUAAUCUAUAAAUUCUAAUUUCUUAUUUUGCUCGAUUUUGUAUCUUUUCCGUUGAAGCUUUCAUAUAUAAAAAUUAUCUCAAUUUAAAAAUUGCUUUUCUCACCUUUUUCACAACGUGUGCUCACUGUUCACUGUUUCCGCGUAUUUUGCUGAUGAAUUUUUUCGACCGA